AUGGAUUCCGUUCGGGGAUUCCGUCUGGUCCAUUCAAAGUCAAUUCCCCUAACCGGGUUACCAUGGGUUUUAGCGACAUGGACUGACAGGCGCUUCACGUGGUUGCGUGGCAGUUUUGCCGAUGAUCAGUUCAAGAGAAAAUCCCCUUGCAGGUAUUCCAUAUUUUCAGUGGACCACAGCAUCAAGGCCGGAAUUGAAGGAGUUGGCUGUCCCCCACUAAAGAGGUCGAAUUUCCUGAUUUGCUGUGGCGUAGAGGUUGAUAUAUGA